AUGUUGGCAUCUCGAGCUGCGCGCAACUGUGCGAGCUCCACUAGAUUUGGAGCUGGCCAGCUGGUUGCAAUCCCUAGAGGAGCAGCAAUUGCCAAGCCCCAGGGCAUGAGCACUUCUGCCACCAUCACUCACACGAGCCAGUCGCAACAGCUGCGUUCCUGUUCAGCCGCUCGGAAAGGUCUCGCUCACCAAUCGAGUGCCUUUCACAGCUCGGGCGUGCUCUCCUCCAAGGGCGCAUGGGCUGCAAAAGGGCCCAUCUCGUAUGAGGAACUCAAGCCUCUGACCCAAGCCCCGCCCCUGGACCUGACCAUUAUCGAUGUGCGCGAACCUGACGAGGUCCAAGCUGGAAUCAUCCCCUCUGCAGUGAGCGUGCCGUUGAGCCAAUUCAACGACGCUUUCGACUCCAAUAAGGGCGCAGACUUUAGGAAGCAAUAUGCAUUCGAUCGACCUGCAUUUGACGAUAAGCUGGUCUUCUACUGCAGAAGCGGUAAGCGCUCUCAGCAAGCUCUCGAGUUCGCGCAGAAGAAUGGCUGGAACAAGUGAGUGUUGCUGUGAGCGCAAGGUUCGAACUUUGUCGAGGUCGAGGGACGUUGUUGCUGUCGUACGCGCAAUGAGCGGGCUUCCGCGGGUGAUCUGUGAACGUUGUCAGCUGCAUUCUAUCGACCACCUUGCGUCAUCGCAGUGUCACUGAAUCUGUGAUUACCUCGUUUCUCGCGCAGCGUACGAAAUUACACCGGCUCAUGGCUCGACUGGGUUAAGCAUGAAGAGGGAGGAAAAUAG